UUCCUCGCGAGCGAGCUCAAAGUCAACAUCACUCGCCACGAGCUUGUCCCCCAGCAUUACGUCCUCACAGAGGAAGACAAGAAGACCCUUCUCAAAAGGUAUCACUUGCAAGAGAAGCAUCUUCCCCGCAUACAGAAAUCUGAUCCCAUCGCUCGCUAUUACGGCCUUGAGCGUCAGCAUGUUCUCAAGAUCAUUCGCUACAGUGAGACUGCUGGGAAGUACGUGACCUACCGGCUCGUAGCUUGA